AUGGCGUCGGACUUCAACGGCAAGAGCGACCCUUACGUAAAGCUGUGCCUCACGGGAAGGUAUUUGUCGCACGGGCAGGAGUGGUCGGAGAGGCUGCGGUUGAAGGACCGGACGAGGAUCAUCAAGACCACGCUCAAUCCCGUCUGGGACGAGGAGUUUUGCUUGCCAGUGAGAAGGGCGGGCGCGGUCCUGAAGGUGGAAGUCUGGGACUGGGAUCGUUCUUCUCCAGACGAUCCUCUGGGCCACUUCGAGGUCGCCAUCGGCGAGGAGCUGCUAUCCCAACAGGAGAAGCAGGAGCAGCAGCAGCAGCAACAACAACAGCAGCAGCAUGAAGGGCAGCAUCGGCAACGGGCAGACGCAUCGAAAGGGAACGGCGGAGGGGAAGAAGCGACGGCGGUAGAUGGUGGCGGUGAUAUGGACACGGUGGAUGACGCGGACGACGACUACGAUAACAACGAAGAUGGAGGCGAAAUAAACUCUCCGCCUGAAUCACCCAUUGGACUAGGCCUUGACGACGGCUCUGGAGGGGGAAACGGCGGCGGUUACUCACUCUCAGGGGGGAGACAAGGCAGUUCAAUCAAGCUAGGCUUUGGGAGGAAAGGCGGGAGCAUGGGCCCUUCUGACCAUUCGCACCAGUCGGAGCAGGAAGCACGGGCGUGCGACGUUUGCAUCGAACGACGCCGUAAGCGCUUCGGAGAGGUUCGCCUGAUCCUGUGGUACCAGUACGACGAGUUUGCCGAGAUGUGCAGCCACACGUGGCCGGAGGAGCCACUCAAGCCUCCCAAGAUUGUGUUCUCUCCCAACCAGCUGUACCGUAAAGGCAUGGUGUUCUGGGAGAUGUUCAAGCCGUACGUGACCUUCUUGAAGGAGGUGGACGCUAUAAACAGUUGGGGACGGCCACGGAGAAGCUUGAUGUGGAUGCUGGCUGUGGUGGGGAUGCUUGUCGUGCCGCCCGUGUUGAUCGUGGUUGUCAACGUGGCGCUAAUGCACAUCGCCGUCUCCGCCUAUCUGAAACGUCGCAGCGGCGGCGGCGGCGGAAUAAUUUUUUGCCAGGAUGACGGCACCGACAACGCUUCAACAGCGGCAGCAGCAGCAGCAGCAGCAACAACAGCUGAAGCACCGGCGUCGACCGACCCGACCUCUAACGACCCGUCCCCCUCAUCGCUGGUAACGGCCCCGGCGGUGACGGACGAGCGUAGCGGCGGCCAAGAGGAAGGUUUGUCGUCCUUGCUUGGGACGCCAUGGUUGGGCGACAACGCUGGCACCGGGGGCGGCAGCCGGCGUCAGAGCUUGUUCUUUUUGCCCGCGUUUGCGUCAUCGCCCGUCUCCCCCGCCCGUGUUGGCGGUGGAGGUCAGGAGGGAGGAGGAGGAGGAGGAUGCGACGGGGGGGGAGGGGAGGAAACCACGGAACCGUCCAUGUCCAUGCGGUCAACUUCUCGGAGUCAGCGGAAGAGCUCGACUACCCUCUUCUCGCUCUCACGCACGCUCACACGAGGGCGGAGGGUAAGCGACCCCGAUCCUGUCACCGCAAAUACUGUGGGCUCCUCUACGGCUGGCGUAGCAUUACGGAACAGCUCAUCGGCACCGUCGCGGACCGCGCCUUGGAGGGCCAAGGCGCCAAGGUCUGCUCCCCCCUCAACCAUGACGAUGCCUACGACCAUGGCCCGGACGUCGAUCUUCGCAGCCAGCAGCGGAGCCCCCCAGUCCCCGUUCACUCCGCGUGAUCUGUCCAUCUCGAACGCCGCCGGGAGCAGCAGCAACAACGUUAACACCGGGCCGGGAGUUGGGGCUGGGGUUUCCAGAGACGUUGUUCACGCCGCGGGGGUUGCUAAGGGGGGCAUGAUCUCCGCGGCCGGGGCGGGGAGCAAGAAGAUCAAGAAGCUGCUGCCUGUUUGGGGUACCCGCGACCCGGAGCUGCGCGAGCUGUACGAGAGGCUUGGCAGCACGAAGAGGGUGCCGGCGGUGGUGAACCAACUCGGGAAAGUUUUCUUCACCAAGAGCGGACCGAGCAUGCAGCUAGGGCUGGACAAGAUGGGCGUGAUGCUCAUCAAGAUCCGGCAGAGGUUUCACCCGCUGCACGCGAGGGAUCUGGGUGUCACAAUGACGGCGCUAUUCGCUCACAUGGUCCUCCAGCUCUGGCUAUACGUUUCCGGAAGGUUUAAUCUGUACUUCGUCCUCUUGGUGGUGAGCCAGUCCCUGAGCAACCUGUACAAGCGGUGGGGCAAGGCCUUUGUCCUAGGUCUCAAGGAGGCGAGAAGGUCGUGCCGCACUCGCCAGGCGCUCUCUCACGCCAUGUCCGCCACCGCCGCUAACGCCGGCGGCGGCGGCAGCAGUGUGUUCGCUACUACCUCUUCCUCCCCGACUGGGCGGCGGCACCCCCCCUCCCCCUCCGCCGCUGCCGCUGCCGCGAUGGUAGUUCGAAACACUUUCAUGUUCGACGCCGCGAAUCCUCCGGCGUUUGCGCCCCCCGGCACGACGCCCGCGUUGGAGCCGUACCAUAACGGAGACGGGCCGCAGCAGCAGUCGACGUCUUUGUUCUUCGCCGCGUCACCUCUGAGGGGGCGGGGGGCGCGACGGAGAAGGGGGUCAGUAGCCUCGAGCGGCAGCAGCAGCAUGGCCACUACUAGCUCCGGUGGAGUAGGGGGUUCGUACCAUGAUUUCAGGGGGGGGGGAGGCGCCGAGAGUGAUACCGCGACACCCCGGAGACGCGGAGGAACCGUCCCCUCGCUGCCGGUCUUGGUUUCGCCGCCCAGGGCUCGGUCCUUCGCGGUGUUCCGCGGCGGCAGCAGCAGCAGCAGUAGCGGUAGCGGUAGCGCUCGGCCCGGAGCAUCUGACGGCAGCGGACGACGGCAGCCGAGCCCAGAAUCCGACGUUGGCGAUGGUGGUGCUGGGAUCGAGGGGCAGCGACGGGGGGGUGCGGGCGGCGGGAAGCCUCGGCGUUGGCGUAUGCUCUGGGGGAAGAGGACCAAGACCGGUGGCGGCGGUGGCGGCGGCGGUGGUGGUCUCGCGGCUCGCGGUCAGGAGGAAGCCGAUCGCGAGCAGGGAGGGGACCUACGUUCCCCAUCCCCGGUGCCGCCGCGGGGCGGAAACUCUCACGGCGUGAGGGCCAGAGGGAAGAUCCGGAUGAGGUGGGGGAGAGUCAUCGGCGCGACGGUCGCGUUGGUGUGCGGGCUGGCGGCUCUGUCGGCAGUCCCGGGGACGUUCUUUUCUCCCCCGCAGGAAUCGGUCGAAGAGCCCGUGCCUUCGUUGGCCGCGAUAUGGCAGGCAGUUGCAGUGAUGUUGUCAGGGAUGAGGGCGUUCUUGUCCUUUGGAGGGAACGGUGGGCUGGGGGAAGCAGCUUGGAGGGUAGCCGGUGCCAAGAUGACCACCGUGUGGGGAUCGGGCCGGGAGCGGUUGUGGCGGGAGGGGGCGUCUGCGGCGGCGGGCUACGACGAUGACGAAGGCGACGCCAAUAACCAUGAUGAGGCGGCGAGUUCAACACUGCCGCUCUCAGCAGUGCUCAAGUGACCUAGAUGAGAUACAAAACACCGGCAAAAUAAACCAUGUGUUGGCGCUGCUAGUUGCGAUUGUUUCGAAGGGUGUUCCUUGCCUUCUUUUGCACAGGUAGAGCUUUUUGGUCGAUCGGUGUCGAGGAGGAUGAACCGGAACCAUCGAGCAAGAUGUAUCCCAUCGCAACGCGCCUCGUCUCCCUUCGCGUUGUAUUCUGUAGGCGGCAGCGCUCACCGCCGGGACGGCAUAACCUCGACGGCAGCGUUCGCUAUCUACUAGUAUCCACGGGUUCGGCCGGCCGUCUGCAUAGGUUGGUGUACAGACGUGUGACUCGUGGUAGCUUUCGUGCCCAAGUGGCGCUGUCCCCAAAUGUUGGAUGCGGCCUGCGUUCAGAGUAGGUGGCAAGGCAGAAAUACGAGCCUGCUGUGUACAUUGUUUGGUUUGUAUUUGAUGGGGGCGAAUUGUUCGGCUAUUAUUCCUGCAGAUGCACUUUCGUGUUUUUCCCGGAAGCUCGGACACCUUCGCGUGUACGGUACCCAGGAAGGACCAGGCCAGUAUUGCGAGGAGUUGCAACAGCAGUAUGAACGUCUGGCGAGCGUACAAGUUCAACUAGAAUUAUUUACAGAUACGGUAUGCAUACAGUGCAUUGCUGGCAUGUCAAGUACAGUGCAGUCAGUCCUUUUUGGCGAGAUUUUUUUUUUUCUAUCCAUACCUGAUGUGUUUCUGUUUGUUGGAAGCGUCGGAGAGAAAUCUGUGUACCAUCUCUGAGAGUUGUGUAUCUAAAAUUGUUUUAAUGUGAGAUUUUCCCAAUUAUUUCGCGGGGUGAGCGGCCUUACAGUUACAUUACAGUUUGUAUUAUCACUAUAUGCAUGAUAGGACCAAGAAAAGUGGUGGUCCUUGACGCCUUCGAGGGUGUUUUUUAUCUGGAACCCACUCGACUUGACAUGUUUUUUGUUCGUUUGUUUCGUCUCGAAGUGCUGUGUCUCGUUGCUCUUUGUCUCUACACUUUGUUCAAUUUUGCCGGCGUGGGUCGUAAGGGCCACUGUAUUAAGUCAGUACGCGUUUUAUGCAGUUGCCACCACUUCAGCAACAUGUUACGAAUUUGACCGAUGGUUGGCUUUGCUGUUGUUGUUGUUGUUGUUGCCUGCUGUGGAUUGGAGGAACUUUCGAAAGGACUUUCGAACUGGUGCUACAAAAGAAUCUGACCUGUUCGUUUCUGCGUGACGAUCUGCUUGUUUAUCUUCUUCUUUGUUUGAUGGGAGGGAAGGCUGAUGAUGAUGUGCAUGUUGUAAUUCGUUUUGUUUUUAUCACACUGCGCUUUGUCUUCUGUUUUGGCGGUUACUGCACCCUUGCUAUUUUCUCCGUCUUUCUUUCUUUGAUCUCUGGCGUUGCAUCAUCAGUCUGUCUGUCUAUGUGUCUCAUGAGGUAAGUGUAGGCGUUGGCCAAGGUGUAAUUUGCGGCAGCCUCUCUCUCUGUGUGUAUGUAGUGCACGUUGUGUGUGUCAAGAUCCUUUGUCGUACAGCAAGUACUGUACCGCAGGAGGCAAAAGGCGGAGUACAAACAAUGAGUAGCUCCCGUGGGAACCUUCCUCCUGCGUGACUCUGGCUGAUGCGUUAGAAACGUCAACCGUAAGGUGUGUAGACGCGCUGGAUGGGGCGACAAGACACAAAACUCAAAACGUGUGGUCUGGUCUCCGCGAGCAAGACUGGUUGUGGGCUUCGUAGUAUUGGUUGAUCGUUCUCGUAUGCUGGUACCGCUGUAGAGUAGGCAGAGAGACCGCCGGGUGCUCCUUCCUUCCUUUGGUGUCAGGGGCUGAUCUCAUCUGUCCUCUCUUGUGUUUGUUGUCGAGAGCCUCUCAUCUCUCAUCAAUGGCGGCGUCUCGGGCAGUUGGUGUCCUCCUCAUGGCAUUCUCAUACCAUAUUAUGAAAAGCACCCGAGUACUGCUGCAUAUAGUUUUUUGGUGUUUAAAAACUCACGAGUUUGUUGCCUCUUCUGUGGAUGGUAUUCAGCAGUAAAUGGCCCCGAUAUCUAUCGCGGUGUAAAAAAUAACAUACAAAUAAGUGACAGCAGAGAAGAAUCACCACGAAAAGCGCUUUACUGAGA